AUGUCGUCCUUCAGUCCCACCCAGAUCUUCGACGAGGGUACCACAGAGGAGAAGGGUGAGAAUGCUCGUCUUUCUGCAUUCGUCGGCGCCAUUGCCGUCGGGGACCUGGUGAAGAGCACAUUGGGCCCCAAAGGCAUGGACAAGAUAUUACAGUCCGCCUCCACCGCCGAGAUCAUGGUCACCAACGACGGCGCUACCAUCCUUAAGUCCAUCGCCCUCGACAACGCUGCAGCCAAGGUCCUUGUCAACAUAUCCAAGGUGCAAGACGAUGAAGUAGGAGAUGGCACUACCUCAGUCGCCGUGCUGGCAGCCGAGCUGCUCCGUGAGGCUGAGAAGCUUGUCGACAAGAAGAUACACCCGCAGACCAUCAUUGAAGGGUACAGAAUAGCAAGCCACGCUGCCCUGAAGGCCCUCGAGAACUCAGCCGUCGACCACAGCAAGAACCCGGAGGCCUUCAAGAAGGACCUGCUCGCCAUUGCCCGCACCACACUGAGCUCCAAGGUACUCGCCCAAGACCGUGACCUGUUCGCGAAGCUUGCCGUCGACGCCGUGCUGCGACUCAGAGGUUCCUCCGACCUGAGCCAUAUACAGAUCAUCAAGAAAGCAGGAGGCAAGCUGAGCGAUUCCUACCUCGAUGAAGGAUUCAUCCUGGACAAGAAAAUCGGCGUGAACCAACCGAAGCGGCUGGAGAAGGCGAAGAUCUUGGUGGCCAACACAUCCAUGGACACAGACAAGGUCAAGAUCUUUGGUGCACGGUUUCAGGUCAGUUCUACCAGCAAGCUGGCCGAACUGGAGAAGGCCGAGAAGGAGAAGAUGAAGGCCAAGGUAGAAAAGAUCAAGGCUCACGGCAUCAAUUGUUUCAUCAACCGGCAACUCAUCUACAAUUGGCCAGAGCAACUCUUUACCGAUGCAGGCAUCAUGUCCAUUGAACAUGCCGACUUCGACGGUAUCGAGCGUCUCGCAUUGGUGACUGGUGGCGAGAUAGCGUCCACCUUCGACCACCCCGAACAAGUCAAACUCGGUCACUGCGACCUGAUCGAAGAGGUCAUCAUCGGCGAGGACACGUUGAUCAAGUUUUCUGGUGUAGCAGCUGGUCAAGCCUGUACCAUCGUCCUGCGAGGUGCCACCGAUCAGUUGUUGGAUGAGGCGGAGCGAUCACUACACGAUGCGCUAGCUGUGCUUUCGCAGACUGUGAAGGAGCCCAAGACAACUCUAGGCGGUGGUUGCGCCGAGAUGCUUAUGGCCAAGGCCGUUGAAGGUGCGGCUACUAGGGUGGAAGGGAAGAAGCAGAUUGCUGUAUCCUCGUUCGCCAUCGCCCUACGGCAACUCCCAACCAUCCUUGCCGAUAACGCAGGCCUCGACUCUAGUGACCUCAUUGCACGACUGCGCAAAGCUAUAUACGACGGGAUGUCGACGUAUGGCCUGGAUCUGAUGACCCCCGGCGGAGGCGUUGCCGACAUGCGUGAUCUGGGUGUGAUUGAGAGUUACAAGCUGAAAAAGGCCGUCGUAUCGUCAGCGAGUGAAGCUGCCGAGCUUCUCCUGAGAGUGGAUGACAUCAUCCGUGCUGCACCACGAAGACGUGAGAGAUGA